AAAUUCAAUAAUAAAUUUUUCUUUUUUUUUUCUUCUGUGAAGCAAAGCAAGGCAAAAAAGCUGCUCCAUCUCUACACGCUUUGGAUUUUCUUUUCCAUUUUUCUGUUCAACUUUCUCGCAAUCCAAACACAUCUUGCCUGCCAUCGCCCUGAUUUUUCUCCUCCACAACCCUACAUGCGGUUUCUAGGUCUGCCUGAACCCUCAUUGGAAGCGAUCUCUUUACUCAAACAACUCUUUCAGCUGCCUGCAUCGGAUUUCCGCGCUCGCGCUGUCUGAAUUGUUUGAGCCUCCCACUAGAUUUUCGUUUAAUUACUUCUCGGAAACUCGAUCUUGCCUCCAAUUUUCCCCAACAAUUACUCCUGUCGCUUUGUUGAAGAGGAAUAUGUCUCGGAAAUCUCAGGCGAUGAUUUCAUUACAAUCGAUUAAAUCCAUGCCAGUUAAUUCCCGGUUUAUGAUUCCACAAACUUUGGAAGAGUCUGAUGACCGGAAUGUGAAAAACAUGGAAGCUAGUUCGUUAGUUGAUGGUGUGAAUGGUGCUUCUGGAGAUGAUGCCGUCACUCGACUUCAAUACAGUAUUAACAAUAUUGAUGAGCUGAAUGAGGAUUCACCAUAUAAUUGCAAUAUUGAAACAGUUGAAGAAAGACCCACCUUGGAUGAUGGAGAAGAUGGUUUUAUGCCUUUACCUUCACCUUCAAUCUCAGCUUCGCAUAGUGAACGCAGGUGGGAUGACACAUCGUCCUACACGACAAGGAAGACAGUUCAAUCUUGGUUUAAACUUCCAAAUGGGAACUGGGAUCUUGUAAAGAUAUUGUCAACUCCAGGGACGGAGUCAGUAGUUUCACUGUCUGAUGGAAAGGUGUUGAAGGUGAAAGCUGAAAGUUUGAUUCCUGCAAAUCCAGAUAUCCUUGAUGGUGUUGAUGAUCUUAUGCAACUUAGCUAUUUAAACGAGCCGUCAGUACUAUAUGAUCUUGAGUACAGAUAUAAUCAAGAUAUCAUAUAUACAAAAGCAGGGCCUGUUCUGGUUGCUAUCAACCCUUUUAAGAAAGUCGAUUUGUACGGAAGUGAUUACAUUGAAGCAUACAAGCGCAAAACAGUACAGAGCCCACACGUUUAUGCCAUUACAGAUACAGCCAUAAGGGAAAUGAUUCGAGAUGAAGUAAACCAAUCAAUUAUAAUAAGUGGUGAAAGUGGAGCUGGAAAAACUGAAACAGCAAAGAUAGCAAUGCAAUAUUUGGCUGCCCUUGGAGGUGGAAGUGGAAUAGAAUACGAGAUAUUAAAGACCAAUCCUAUCUUAGAAGCUUUUGGAAAUGCAAAAACAUUGAGAAAUGAUAACUCAAGCCGCUUCGGAAAAUUGAUUGAAAUCCAUUUUAGUGAAACUGGAAAAAUAUCCGGUGCAACUAUUCAAACUUUUUUGCUUGAAAAGUCGAGAGUUGUCCAAUGCAUGGAGGGAGAGAGGUCAUACCACAUCUUUUAUCAGCUUUGUAGUGGGGCUCCACCUGCUCUUAAAGAGAGGCUAAACUUGAGAAGUGCUGAAGAGUACAAAUAUCUCAAUCAGAGCAGUUGUUUUUCAAUAACUAGAGUUAAUGAUGCUGAAGAGUUUCGUGUAGUCACGGAAGCAUUAGAUGUCGUCCAUAUCAGCAAAGAAGAUCAGCACAGUGUUUUUGCAAUGCUUGCUGCUGUGCUAUGGCUGGGAAAUGUUUCCUUUAGUGUGAUUGAAAAUGAGAAUCAUGUCGAGGUGGUGGACGAUGAAGGUUUACAGACAGUUGCUAAACUGAUUGAGUGUGAGGUUGAGGAGCUUAAGCUAGCUUUAUCAACUCGAAAAAUGAGAGUUGGUAAUGACAGCAUUGUUCAAAAGCUUACUUUGUCUCAGGCAGUUGACACUAGAGAUGCUUUGGCAAAGUCAAUUUAUGCUUGUUUGUUUGACUGGCUGGUGGAACAAAUUAACAAAUCUCUUGCUGUAGGCAAACGACGCACUGGCAGAUCCAUCAGCAUUCUUGAUAUCUAUGGUUUUGAAUCAUUUGAUAGGAAUAGUUUUGAGCAGUUCUGUAUUAACUAUGCAAACGAGAGACUACAGCAGCAUUUUAAUCGUCAUUUAUUUAAGCUAGAGCAGGAGGAAUAUAUUCAAGAUGGCAUUGACUGGGCAAAAGUUGAUUUUGACGACAACCAAGAUUGUCUCAGUCUGUUUGAAAAGAAACCUUUGGGAUUGUUGUCCCUGUUAGACGAGGAGUCUACUUUUCCAAACGGCACAGAUCUGACCUUUGCUAACAAGCUUAAGCAGCAUUUGGGUCCUAAUUCUUCUUUUAGAGGAGAACGCGGGAAAGCCUUCACUGUCCAUCAUUAUGCAGGAGAGGUCACAUAUGACACAACUAGUUUUCUGGAGAAAAACAGGGACUUGCUACAUUUAGAUUCUAUUCAACUCCUAUCCUCAUGCUCAUGCCAUCUCCCUCGGAUAUUUGCAUCCAACAUGCUAAAUCAAUCAGAAAAGUCCAUUGGUGGCACUUUACAUAAAUCUGGUGGUGCAGAAUCCCAAAAACUAAGUGUUGCAAAAAAGUUCAAGGGUCAAUUAUUCCAAUUGAUGCUCCGUCUUGAAAAUACAACACCUCAUUUCAUCCGUUGCAUCAAGCCCAACAACCUUCAGUCUCCCAGCUUGUAUGACCAAGGACUUGUAUUACUACAGUUAAGAUGUUGUGGGGUCCUAGAAGUGGUGCGAAUAUCACGAGCUGGUUUUCCUACCCGGAUGUCACAUCAGAAAUUUGCUAGAAGGUAUGGUUUCCUCCUUCAAGAAAGCAUCAUAUCGCAGGAUCCACUAAGUGUCUCAGUCGCAAUUCUUCAUCAGUUCGAUAUAUUGCCUGAAAUGUACCAAGUUGGCUAUACAAAAUUGUUCUUUCGAACUGGACAGAUUGGAGUGCUCGAAGAUACAAGAAACCGUACCCUCCAUGGGAUUUUAUGCGUUCAAAGCUGCUAUAGAGGGCACCUGGCUCGACGCCACCUCAAAAAGCUGAAGAGAGGGAUUUCCAUUCUUCAGUCAUUUGCACGUGGGGAAAAAACCCGAAAAGAAUAUGCAAUCUUGAUAAGAAGGCAUAGGGCUGCUAUUUCUAUUCAGAAGUAUGUGAAAGCCAGAGUUGCUAAAAAACGUUUGGAGAAAGUUUGUGAUGCAUCACUUCUGAUACAAUCAGUUAUUCGUGGCUGGUUGGUCAGAAGAUGCUCAGGAGAUAUAGGAUUAAUGUCUGGUGGGCAGAAGGCAAAUGGGUCAGAUGAGGUGCUUGUCAAGUCAUCUUUCGUCACAGAAUUACAACGCCGUGUUCUGAGGGCCGAGGCAGCUUUGAGAGACAAAGAAGAAGAGAACGACAUCCUCCAUCAACGUCUCCAACAGUAUGAGAACCGUUGGUCAGAGUACGAGCUAAAAAUGAAGUCAAUGGAAGAGGUAUGGCAGAGACAAAUGAGAUCACUGCAAUCUAGCCUCUCCAUUGCAAAGAAAAGCUUAGCAGUCGAUGAUUCGGAGAGAAAUUCUGAUGCAUCAGUCAAUGCAAGCGACGACAGAGCAUACAGUUGGGAAGUGGGCAGCAACAACACAGCUAACGAAAGCAAUGGAGUAAGACCAAUGAAUGCAGGCCUCAGUGUCAUUAGCCGGUUGGCUGAGGAAUUCGAACAAAGAAGUCAAGUCUUCGGCGACGAUGCCAAGUUCUUGGUAGAGGUAAAAUCGGGUCAAGUCGAGGCGAGUCUCGACCCCGAUAGGGAACUCAGAAGGUUGAAGCAGAUGUUCGAAGCAUGGAAGAAAGAUUACGGGGGCAGGCUGCGCGAAACGAAAGUGAUUUUGAACAAGCUUGGGAGUGAAGGUGCCAUGGACAAGGUGAAAAAGAAAUGGUGGGGAAGGAGGAACAGCACAAGAUAUAGUUAAAAACUGAAAGCAAGUUAUAGUAGAAAAGAAAUCACACUGUUUCCUCUGAGAGGUUGGUUACUUUUGGGGAACUUGUAAAUGAUGGGUUUUCCAAUUCAUUCACUGGGUGAAUCAGAAAAAAGAAAAAAGGAAAAAGGAAAAAAAAAAAAGGCUUCCUCAAGUACAAAUUGGAGAUAUGAAUAGAAAUAUGUUCUGUUGUUCUAAUAGCUAUUCACAUUGCUCUUGCAAACCUUAUAGUUGGAAGGAGGAACUGCUGCAAGAGUUUUGUUCUAAUUUUUCAUUACAAUUUUUUUUUGGGGGCUGCAAGUGAUUUUGUGCCAGUGGAGCCCACUAUCUCUAAUAUGUAUAUUUUCUUUUCCUACUUAACAAUCUCUUCAUAAUAGAUAUUGAGGCCAAAAAAAAGAAAAAGAAAAAAAGAAUUGUGUUCCUCUGAACUUCAUUCUCUACCAAA